AUGUCGUGGAUUCGGUCGAAUCUGGCCAAGGUGGGGACAUUUGCGGGGUCCGUGGUGCAGAAGGCCGGAGAUGCCGUGGAGCGAGGCGCCAAGAUGGUGUACGAGCAGGCGGAGAGCGCUGUGGUGGGUCGGCCACACAACAGCUUCCGCCAUGCGGUGCGGCGGAUAGAGGAGGUGGCGACAUUCGCACGCGGCAGCGAGCGCAAGGAGGCUCUGGCGCGCUGGCUUGCUGCGCUCUCAGACAUCCAGCAGGAGAACGACCGCCUUCAGGCGCAUUUCCAGAGGCGGAAGAAGCGGCAGGAGAAGGGGGAGAAGGGGGAGCGGAAGACGCAGGAAGAGAACAAGCAGGAGGAGGUGACAGUGGAGUCUGCUGCUAGUGCUGAUGGUUCCGCUGCUACCGGGGCUGCUGGGGCUGCAGCUGAGGCUGACGCCAGUGAUGCUGGUGCUGCUGGUGCUGCUGUGAGCUCAGAUCGAACGGAUGGAUUAGGAGCGGAGGGGGUAGUGGCUGACAGAGCUGGUGACGAAGGCAAGGAUGGUGCUAGUGUUACAGAGGGUAACCAGGCCAAAGAUGGGGAAGGAGAAGGUGUGGGGGCACGAUUGUCACAGGUGCAGACAGAUGGAGCUGAGGGGAAGACGGAGUCAGUAGCAGCAGAAGCAGACUCAGAAUCAAAGGAUGGGGUUGUUGGAGAUGGAGAGAAAACAGGAGCAGAAGCAGGUAGCAAGUCAGCAGAAGCGGGUGAUAUUGCAGCAGCAGGAGAAGAAGCGGAGGAGGUGGCAUCAGUAGGGGAUGGAUCGUCGCAAGAUGAGGCAGCUCCGUCGCUGUCAAAGUCAGCAUCAACUGGACGGGCUUCCAUGGUUCUUUUCUAUGAUCCAGACGCGGGCAACGAGGCCCUCAACUUCCGGGACGUGUUUCUGCGCUCCAGCGCGCUGGAGCUCAUAGUGGCAUCGAUGGUGGUGGCGCCGGGGGAUGAGGACGAGAUGGCGCUGCUGAGAGGGCUGUUUGACCUCUGCCUGAACCUCUCCACAACCCAGUGCAAUGAUCUGCUCGCUGCCCUCCAGUCACUGGGCUCCUCCCUUUCUGCUUACUCCGAACUCAAGUUGCCAAGUGAUGACUUGGCCACGAUGGUGGCAGAAGCAAUCACAGGGCUGAAGGUCAACCCCGAGAUUGAAAGGGUCGACCUGGAGUCGUGUCGCCUGCAGCAGCUUAUUGCUGAGGCUGCCUCUGUAGCCGCCUCUGUGCCUGCAGCACACCAGCGUUCUGCCUCCUUCGUUGCUGCCUUCGACCUUGACGAUCUUGCUACCGACGCUACUUCUGCCGGUGCUGUUGCGUCUGAUGCUGCUGAUGCUGCUGAUGCUACCAGUGGUGCAGUUUCUACCGGCAGUCGUGGUGGUGAUGAUGAUGGUGGUGGGGGUGGGGGUGCUGAUGGUGGUGACACUGCUAGCAGUGGUCAAGCCUCGACUGAAACUGCUGCUGCCGGCAGCGCUGCCUCCUCUUCCGGGCCUGCUGCACCUGCCGAAGCUGAUGGAGCCGCCGCCGCACCUGCCGCCACCGCCGAACCUACCGAUAUUCAAUCAGAACCAGCAGCAAAAGCAGCAGCCAGCCCACCACCGCACACAAUAUCUAGCCCACCACCACACACGCGCGACGCCGUAACGCACGUGAACGAGGUGGUAACUGCACGGUCGCGCGACGCGCUUCGCCUAGGCCUGCGCCUGCUGGCCUUAGAAAAGAAGAAAGAAGCCCUGCUGCAGCUGGGGGACACGCCGGGGGACAGGGCGCUGAAGGUGGAGCGGGUGAGCUGUCUGGCCGCGGAGCUGAGUGAGAGCAUGGAGGGGCUCAGGCGGAAGGCUGAGGAGUGCCGCCAGCAGCGCCAGGAGGCUCUGGCGUACCGCAGCAGCAAGGCCCAGGAGUCCCGCGAGGCCGAGAAGGUCCUCCUAGCUGAAGCCCAGCAGGUGCAGAAGCGAAAGGAGGAGCUGGAGGAGGAGCUGAGGCGGGUGCAGGCUGCGCUGGACGGCGUGAAUCGGCGGCUAGUGAAGCUGGAAGAGGAGAAGGAGCUUUUUUCGCAGGCCAGCACUGGGAUCGAGACUCAUCUAUCUUCAGAGGAGGAAUCGCUCACGCACUCCCUCUCUGAACACGAGGAGGACGCCAAGGCUCUGGCAGGGUGGAAGGAAUUCCUGCAGCAGUCGUGGCAGCUGCAGCAGGCGAGCAUGGAGGGCAAGGAGAGGCGGAUGAGGGAGGAGAAGAGUGACCGCAAGAGCCGGUUCUGGGAGAUGGCUCAGGGGCACGUGCGGCUGUGUCAGUCGGAGUUGGAAGCCUUUGGGCAGUCGGCCAAGUCCAUAGUGGAGCGGCUCGAUGGUAUCAGAGCCAAGAGGGAACAAGCAGAGAAGGAGGGGAAGGAUGGGGCAGUGUCAGAUAGCAAGCACAGGCGGCUGCAGUGGGAGGAACGAUACAUGGCAGCUGAGAUACAGGUGAAGCGGUGCAUUGGGGAGGCCGAGAUAGCCAUGCGGGAGAUCAGGGCCUGGCUGGACACUCUCCCCUCCAGUGAGGAUGCUCCAAAGCAGGCACAAAUGCGCGCUCUUCUCGCCGAACUCGAGUCGCUCGUAGCUUCGGUCCGAGCCUCCGCCCGCCCGAGCCUGUCUCUGGACCACCCAACAGUGCUCCGUGUGCAGAGGCUCGGCAAGUCCCCUGACUCAUGGGCCUCUGCCGAAGCUGCUGCGGCAGGCAGAGGGUCGGUGUUUCCUGGUACAGUGGUCGUGGCCCCACUCUCAAGCUUUUCUGCUGCAAGCUCAACUGCUGCUGCUGCUUCCGCUCCUGCUGCUGCUUCUGCUGCUGUUGCUGGUACAACGGCAGCAGCAGGAGCAGCAGAAAGGCAAGACAUGGCUGCUGCAGCUGCAGUACAAGCAGCUGGAGCUUCUGAGUCUGGUAAACUGUUAAAGAAACCGGCGCUUGUGAUUGGAGGAUCAGCAGCUGCAGGGGCAGGUGGGGCGGCGCCAACAGGGACAGAGGAAAAUGUCCCCCCUACCCCGUUUGUCAUUUCGGGCGGGAUCCGUCGUCCUGUAGCGCCUGGGUUCAAGGAUAAGCAAGGCAAGUCAAAGCUGCCGCCCACGGGUGGAAGUGGUUCAGUGCAGAGCAAGCAGGUGGAGGAGAGCACAGGAGGCAGGGAGAGCAUGGGUGAAGAGAAGGGGGAGGAAGGCGGGUCUGAUGCUGCAGCUGAAGCAUUUCGCCAAAUCGCCCACCCGUCUCCCUUUCCGUCGCGCGUCACGUCGCCAUCUCGUCGCCCGUCCCGUCACCCUCUUCGUCACCCUCUCUCCCCUCCUCUCCUCCCGUCGGCCUCUCUCUCGCCCCUCCCUACCGAUCGCCCUCCCGUCGCUCGCCCCGUCGGGCUCUCUCUCUCCGGUCCCUUCCCGUCGCCCUCUCUCUCGCCCCUCCCUUCCCGUCGCGCUCUCUCUCUCCGCGCCCUUCCCGUCGCCCUCUCUCUCGCCCCUCCCUUCCCAUCGCUCUCUCUCUCUCCGCUCCGCCCUCUCUCUCGCUCCUCCUUCGAAUCGCGCUCUCUCUCCGCUCCCUUCCCGUCGGCCUCUCUCUCCGCUCCCUUCCCGUCGCACUCUCUCUCUCCGCUCCCUUCCCCUCGCCCUCUCUCUCGCCCCUCCCUUCCCGUCGCGCUCUCUCGCUCCGCUCCCUUCCCGUCGCCCUCUCUCUCGCCCCUCCCUUCUCGUCGCGCUCUCUCUCUCCGCUCCCUUCCCAUCGCCCUCUCUCUCGCCCCUCCCUUCCCGUCGCGAUCUCUCUCUCCGCUCCCUUCCCGUCGCCCUCUCUCUCGCCCCUCCUACCCGUCGCUCUCUCUCUCUCCGCGCCCUUUCCGUCGCCCUCUCUCUCGCCCCUCCCUUCCCAUCGCGUUCUCUCUCUCCGCUCCGCCCUCUCUCUCGCUCCUCCCUUCGAAUCGCGCUCUCUCUCCGCUCCCUUCCCGUCGCGCUCUCUCUCUCCGCUCCCUUCCCAUUCCCCUCUCUCAUUCUGCUCCCUUCCCAUCCUCCCUUCUCGCUCGCCUUGAAUAG